AUGGCACAACAGGCUGUCCUUUGGCUGCAACUUUAUCAGCAAAAUACUCGGUUCUUGUCUUUGAAAGACGAUGGUAAAACACCUGCUCAGAGGUUCACUUCAGAAGAUAGUGUUGCGAAUGUUAGAGGAAGAGUCCUUGGUGGGAGCAGCAUGAUCAAUGGGGGAUUCUAUUCCAGAGCUGAUGACAAAUUCUACAAUGAAUCUGGCCUUUAUUGGGACAUGGAUGCGGUCGAGGAGGCAUACCAGUGGGUGGAAGACACCAUUGUUUUCCAAUUAAAUCUUUCGGCUUGGCCAUCUAUUGUUAGAGAAGCUUUAUUGGAAGCAGGAGUUGGUCCUAACAAUGGAUUCAGUCCGCAACACUUAGUGGGAACCAAAACUUUUGGUUCAACCUUCGAUAACGAGGGAAAAAGACAUGGAGCUGUGGAACUUCUUAACAAAGGCAAACUAAAGAACUUGAAAGUUGCAGUUGAGGCCUAUGUGGAUAGAAUUAUCUUAUCUUCCAAAGCAUCAGGUGUAUUAGCAAGUGGAGUCGUAUAUAGUGAUUCGAAGGGGAGGACUCAUGAGGCAUUGAUAAGAGAUGAAGGAGAGGUGAUAUUGAAUGCCGGGGCAAUUGGGAGCCCUCAGCUCCUUCUUCUCAGUGGAGUUGGUCUUGUUCCUCAUCGUUCGUCACAUAAAGUUUCGGUAGUCAUCCAAAACCCCAAUGUGGAAAACUUUAUGGUGGAUAAUCCUCGUAAUAGCAUCAACAUUCCUUUUAGCUUUUAUCCAAAUGGAACCAUUCCUUUGGAACUGAGUGUGGUUGCGAAGUUCUCCGGACCACUUUCAAGUGGCUCCCUCCGGUUGGUUUCGUCGGCCGAUGUGAAAGUCAGCCCAACUGUCCGAUUCAACUACUUCAAAGAUCUAAAGAACCUUGCUCGUUGUGUAACAAGAAUGAGGCUGGUUGGUGAUAUGCUCCAGACCGAAGCCAUGGAAAGGCUCAAGUUUGAGGAUUUAAAGGGUGUUGAAGGUUUUAAGUUUUUAGGACCUUCUUCACCAAGAAACCUCUCCAAUGAUGCAUCAAUGGAGGCGUUUUGUCGAAGCACAGUGACAACCUUCUGGCAUUGCCAUGGUGGAUGCUUGGUGGGAAAGGUUGUUGAUAGCAAUUAA